AUGGCACUUUGGAGUAGUUGGGAUUUUUCUGUGUCCGAAUGGCUCAAGAAAACAACGACAGAUUCGAUAGAAGGCAAACUUGAGCCCAAAGAGGACAAAGACUCACUGAAGAGCAGAGAUGAUGAAUCUGGACAUAAACCACUAGAACAUGAUUUACGAGAGAAGACAAGUCAGAAACUCGAAGUUGUUUUGACCAAAGAACACGAUAAAGGUAUACCUGAACAACAAGAACAAGAAGAAGUACGAGAUCAUCGGCAACAACCACGUGGAGACACGAACUCGGUAUCUCAGAAUGGCACUCAGCUUCAACAGGAGAGAGAAUUAGGCACUUCGUUAGUAUCUACUGGAGUGCAAGAAGAUCUACCUCAUCCUGAAGCUACAAAACGCUCACCAACAGAUUCUGUUGACUCAAGCAGCUCACCAGAAGCAGCGUCAGAAGCAAGAACAACAUUAUCAAAGCCUACAGCCAUAAGCACAGCCAGAGAGGUUAAUUCCAAUCACGACCAAUCACAAACACCAUCUGAAAACGCCACGGUGAACAGUAAUACCAAUGAUGGUAAUCCUUCACAGAAUCAUUCACCAACUGAGACGAGUACACUUACCACCCCUAAUCCCACACAGCAGUCAGCUGCAGCUCCAGGUACGACUGGCACAGAAGGAUCGCAUGAGAAUGCCAAUGCUGAUUCAACGGCCACCACCAAAACCAACAGUGAAGCACCAAUAACUCCAUCUCCUCAAGCCAACGCAGAGAUCAGCCGCACUCCUACAGAAGCGCCAACUACAAACAGUACCAUUCCAUCUCUUGUACCCAACGCAGAAAUUAACACCAUCGUUCCAACUCUACAGAAGAAGGCUAAUGUUGACAGCAGUGUCAGUCCUGUGUGGGUGCGCACUGCAGCACCGCUCUUGAUUGUGGCUGUGUUGUUCUCCGUUACCGUGUACUGA